AUGGAUGACAGAGUCCGCCAAGCAAAACAGCAAUACCGGCAGGAAAAGUGGCAGCUACCUAAUAGGACCUCAGCAUCACUGAAGCUGGAUGCACCUGACCAUCAGCAUACCCUGGGAUUCUGUGAGGUACCAAUGAAUCUAGAAACACUUAAUAAUGUCGAGUUAAUUGUUGAAGUCAAAACUUUUGGGCUUACCUUCCGGGACUACCUCUCUGCAACGGGAGAGCUUGACCACUCCGAUUUGGGCAUGGAGUGUGCUGGAAUUGUUCAAGAAGCCGGAUGCAAUCCUGGAGCUGAGUCCCUGGCAUCUUCCAGUACAAGCAGUGUCGUAAAUCGACCAUCUGUGCCCAGGGCGGCAGAAUCACCCGAGGGCUUUAACCUCGUGGCCGAUUGGUCAGCUGGCUAG